AUGACUGAAAACCUGCAUCGAAACUACGUGAAGUAUACUUUAGAAAAAUGUAAAGCACCGCGACAGAGAUCCCAAAAAAUGAAGAGGGAAAAUCUGAGUGAAGAGUCCGGGAAGUGUACUUUAGAAAAAUGUAAAGCACCGCGACGGAAAUCCCAGGAAAUGAGGAUAGGAAACCUGAGUGAUGACUACGUGAAGUAUGCUUUAGAAAAAUAUUACUUCCAGCGUUGGUCACAUGCAUGCUGCCGCACUCAACCGUGCGCUUACCAACGUUCACCCGCAGUGGACAUUCGGUCACCGUACGACCUGAGCGUCGGAACCGCGAGGAUGGAGCCACCGCGACGAGGAAACAGAGCGAUCACGUGGAAACGCCUCAAGGAUCUACUCCUAGAUCUCCAUCAGAACUCGGAUCGUGUGUUUUACCGGAUUGGCCUGAGUAUUGGAAAGAGGCCCUGGUUAUGGUUGUUGGUGGCGUUCUGCAUAAACUGUCUCUGCGCGCCUGGGAUGAUCUUCUGGAAGGAGGAGCUCGACGACGUCGAGCUCUUCGUGCCCCAAGAUUCCGUGAUAAGGACAGACGCGGACUGGGUGAAGACACACUUUCGGGACGAUUUCCGAUACGAAAGUAUCAUCGUCACGGCCCCCAACGUUUUGGAGCCGGAAGUGCUGCGCUCGAUCAGCAAAAUUGAACAGGCUGUGAAGUCUGUGGUGGUGAAGAAUAGCACUUGGGAAGAUGUGUGCGCAGGGUACUUCACGUGGUUCAACAUGGACGACACGACGGACAUCUUCAAGGAUCUCGAAGUCACCGAGGACAUUCUAUACGAGUUGAACAGGAAAGUAUUGAAAAACGGAUGUAUAUAUCAGUCGAUCAUACAACUCUGGGAGACAAGUUUAAUGAAGAACGUUCAUAAUCUGACGAAGAAGGAGAUCCUCGAGGAUGUGAACAAAGCCAUCAGACACAAGAUCAACGACAACGUUCUCCUGGACAUCGUUCCUCUGCUCUCGAGGAUUUUUUACGACAAAAAAGGUCGAAUUAAGGGUGCAAACGCGACGAUCCUCAAUUGGAUGCUGAAGAAGUCUAAUCCAAACUCGGCCGACUGGGAGUUGGAGUUUAUAAAUCGCGUUCUCCACUCGAACAUCACGUUUCCACCAGGAAUGGAGAUAUACGCGAUAGCCUCGCGAAGUUACAUCGACUCUUUGCAUCAAAUAUUGAACAGUAACUUGACAGUAUUAUGUUGUGGGAUAUCUCUGAUCGCGGUUUACGUGAUGGCGAUGAUCGGUAAAUGCAACGCGCUGGAGCAACGGAUUUAUUUAUCAGUUAUGGGAGUGUCUGUGGUUGGCCAAGCAAUUUUGUCUUCUUACGGAGUUUGUUAUUACUUGGGAUAUUCCUACGGACCGAUACAUUCUAUUCUUCCGUUUCUAUUGCUUGGUAUAGGCGUUGAUAAUAUGUUCGUGAUCAUGCAGAGUUUGGACAAUCUUUCGGAAACGGAUCAAGCUGCGGAGAUUCCCAUACGUAUCGCUAAAGCUGUUCAACAAUCUGGUAUGUCAAUCACGGUGACCUCUUUCACAAACGUAAUCGCCUUUGCCUUUGGAAUUACAACAGUGAUGCCUUGUCUCAGAUCGUUCUACGCGUUCGCUACGUUAGGAAUUCUAUUUUUGUACAUCUACGAAAUAAUAUUCUUCAUAAGCUGUCUGGUGUACGACGAGAAGAGACUGGAAGCACGAAAAGAUGGGUGUUUCUGCCGUCCGAAAUUAAACUGGAAACCGAACGACUGUAGUCAGAGGAACACGCAGCAGAUUAUCUUUGAGAAUUACAUUGGUCCAGGAGUUACGAAGAUCACGACGAAAGUGAUUAUUCUAUUGAUCACUGCCGGUUGCCUCUGUAUUAACACGUGGGCGGUUUUUCAAUUGGAACAGAAUUUCGACCCUCUUUGGUACUUAAAUCAAGACUCCUAUCCGAUCCAGUUUAACGAUAAAUUAAGACAGUAUUUUCCUAUGUACGGUAAACGUGCUGGAAUUUAUAUGACUGGCGUCGAUUACUACGAAGAUCGUAAGUCUCUUAACAAGCUGGUGGAAGUACUCGGGCAAAAUCAGUUCGUUAACAAUGGCACCCUCGAGCCGUGGUUCAUUGCCUAUGAAAAAUGGUUGAACACUACUAACAAAGGUGAUAUUGAGAGUAAAGAGGAGUACUAUAAUAUUCUAACAGAGUAUUUGCUCCUGACAAAGGAGGGUCAGGCAUACAUUAAGGAUAUCCAUUUUGAUAAACUACCAGCUGGAGACUAUAAUAUAACUACAUCACAAAUUCCUAUACAACACAUUAUGAUUAAUACAGCGUCCGAGCAAAUACAAGCGAUGCAAUCCAUCAGAGAGACGGUUCAAGCUACGAAUUUCUCUCAGGGUCUCGAUUACAUCGCUAUAUUUUCACCUGAUUACGUUUCGUGGACAGCGAAUAAAGUUAUAGGAGAAGAAUUGACACGGAACUUGUGCUUGGAGAUACUGACAAUCGGGAUAGUGAUCGUAAUAUUUCUUCGAAAUUUACGAGCUUCAUUCUGGGUGAUUUGUUGCGUUUUCUUCACUCUUAUCGACUUGUUAGGUGCUAUGUAUUUCCUAAAUCUGACCAUUGAAAUGUCUUCGAGUAUUAUGAUACUAUUGUGCGCGGGACUAGCUGUCGAUUAUGCCGCUCAUAUGGGAUUGGAAUUUUUACGGACAAAGGGCAGCAAAAAUGAACGAGCAAUAGCAACACUUUCUAUUAUUGGUCCAGCUGUGUUUAACGGUGGUUUAAGUACGUUCCUAGCGUUCGUUUUGCUAGGUUCUAGCGAGGCUUAUCUUUUCAGUACUUUCUUUAAGUUAUUCACGUGUGUAGUGAUAUUUGGUCUGUUUCAUGGACUAUUAUUUUUACCAGUAAUCUUAAGCAUAUUGGGUCCUGAACAAGGAGUGGGUAAAGAGAAAAAAGAAACUGUUACAAGGGAACACAAUGGAUAUUGUAAUGUUCCUCUGUCACAGAAUAAAAAGAAUACAGAAGAUAUAAUGUCCCUUAUAUCAAUGCCUACAAUUAGGGAGAAGGAAAAUAAAAAGGUUGGAGAGCAAAUUUUAGAUUUAUUAUCUAAGCAAACAUCUAAAGAAAAAUCAUUGGCUGAAAGAUUUCGGUCUCAAGGAGGAGCUCAGGUUAUGGAGUUUUGUCCUCAUGGUACAAGGGUAGAUUGUGUUAAAUUAAAUGGUGGGCCAGGAUUUGCAGAAAAAUGCAAAAAACUUCAUUUUAAAAAAAUUAUUCAAAGUCAUACAGAUGAAUCUUUGGGUGACUGCAGUUUUCUUAAUACUUGCUUUCAUAUGGAUACAUGCAAGUAUGUUCAUUAUGAAGUGGAUGGACCGACAACUCAACCAAGAGAAUCAAAUGAAGCAGAUAAUGCAAGUAAUAGUACAGUAAAUAAAGGUUUAACAGUAGAUAGUAAAAAUGGUAGCAAUACUGCUUGUCCAACUCCUAGUGGAUCCUUAGGUAGUGAAUUGACUCUUUAUCCACCACAAUGGAUACAGUGUGAUUUGCGUUAUCUUGAUAUGACUGUACUGGGUAAAUUUGCUGUUAUAAUGGCUGAUCCUCCAUGGGAUAUCCAUAUGGAGUUACCAUAUGGUACCAUGUCAGAUGAUGAAAUGAGGCAAUUAGGUAUACCUGCACUUCAAGAUGAAGGUCUUCUAUUUUUAUGGGUGACAGGGAGAGCAAUGGAACUUGGUAGAGAAUGCUUGCAAUUAUGGGGAUAUGAGAGAGUGGAUGAAAUCAUAUGGGUGAAGACUAAUCAAUUGCAAAGGAUAAUAAGAACAGGCAGAACGGGUCAUUGGUUAAAUCAUGGUAAAGAACAUUGUUUGGUCGGUAUGAAAGGAAAUCCAAGAAUUAAUCGGGGUUUAGAUAGUGAUGUUAUUGUGGCCGAAGUUCGUGCAACCAGUCACAAACCAGACGAAAUCUAUGGAAUCAUCGAACGUAUGAGCCCAGGAACGCGAAAGAUAGAAUUAUUCGGUCGACCGCAUAAUGUUCAACCUAAUUGGAUCACAUUAGGCAAUCAAGUAGAUGGAGUCCACUUGAUUGAUCCUCAACUCAUUAAAGCCUUUAAAAAACGUUAUCCGGACGGAAACUCAAUGAAGCCUAGUAAACCAUAA